AUGUCGGAUUUAUCGAAGGAUAUAUCUAAGGAUUUAUCGAAGGAUUUAUCUAAGGAUUUGUCUAAGGAUUUAUCAAAAGAUUUAUCGAAAGAGGAAUCGGUUCAAAUCAGAGAGGUUUGGAACGAUAAUCUCGUAGAGGAAUUCGCGUUGAUCCGUGAAGUUGUUGAUGAUUUCAACUAUGUAGCUAUGGAUACAGAGUUUCCUGGUGUUGUUCUUCGUCCUGUAGGGGUUUUCAAGCAUAUCAAUGAUUUUAACUACCAGACUUUGAAGGAUAACGUUGAUAUGUUGAAGCUGAUUCAGUUAGGUUUAACUUUCUCUGAUGAGAACGGAAACCUACCUACUUGUGGCACUGGGAGUCCUUGCAUCUGGCAGUUUAAUUUCCGCGAGUUUAAUGUUAGUGAGGAUAUAUUCGCGGCUGAUUCAGUUGAGCUUUUGCAUCAGUGUGGGAUUGAUUUCACGAAGAAUAAUGAGAAAGGGAUUGAUGUGAACCGAUUCGGAGAGCUUCUUAUGUCGUCCGGGGUUGUGUUGAAUGAUAACAUGCAAUGGGUGACUUUUCACAGUGGAUAUGAUUUUGGUUAUCUGUUGAAGCUUUUGACUUGCAGAACUUUGCCCGAUACCCAAUCGGGGUUCUUUGAUUUGAUCAACAUUUAUUUUCCGUUGCUGUAUGAUAUAAAACAUUUGAUGAAAUUCCGUAACAGUUUACAUGGUGGGUUGAACAAGCUCGCGGAGUUGUUGGAGGUUGAGAGGAUUGGUGUUUGCCAUCAAGCGGGAUCGGAUAGUUUACUCACUGCUUGUGCAUUUAGGAAAUUGAGGGAUACUUUCUUCAACGGCGAAACGGAGAAGUAUUCUGGUGUGUUGUAUGGAUUAGGUGUUGAGACUGACUAA